CUUCUAGUUACAUGUUCAAAUUCUCCCAAACGUUUUCCAUUCGUUCUGUCCUUCUGAGCCUAAAGAAGUGCCAACAAAAAAGGAAAUAUGGCCGUUCUUUCUAUGAUACGGGAUUAAAACCGUUGACUUAUACUACAGAAUCUGUUGGCGACCCAAGUUCAAUUGACUAUCGCUUAUUUGUGAAAAACAGGGACUCAGCAUCUCCAGAUUCAUUUAUUUCCUUUUGGCAUGAUAUUCCUUUUGCAGCCGACCAUCCCUCUCUCCAUGGAGACCUUUUAUUAAAUAUGGUAACAGAAAUACCUAAAGGUGCCCGAGCAAAAUUAGAAAUGUCUAAAUCUGAGCCUUACAAUCCUAUUUGCCAUACAAUUAAUGAAAACAAACAAAUACACACGAUAAAACACUCGCCAGUACUCUAUAAUUAUGGCUUCAUUCCUAGGACAUGGGAAGAUCCUUCCGUCGCAAGUUUCGACAAUAAAUACUAUGGUGAUGAUGAUCCCCUCGACGUUAUCGAUAUUGGGUAUAAAUUUAAGCCACCAGGUCUAGUCUAUCGAGUAAAGCUACUAGGGUCUCUGGCUUUAAUCGAUCAGGGUGAAAUUGAUUGGAAACUUAUUACUAUUUCGAUUGAUGAUCCUUUAUGUACUCGAAUAAAUACAGUUGAAGAUAUUGAAACUUUCAAACCCGGCAUCACGGCUACGCUGAAGGAUUGGUAUCAAAAUUACAAAGUCGUAGAAGGAAAAAAUGUCAACGCAUUUGAAUUGGGUGGAGUUGUCAAAGACCGAGAAUUUACUUUUAAAAUCAUUCAACAGGCGCACGAAAACUGGAAAAAACUAAACAAAAACUAA